AUGAAGGGGACACCGACAUGUGUAUUGGUGCUGGCUUUGGCUAUUCUUCAAAGUGUUCAACCCACAUCUUCCAGUGACCCCCUCACAGUGUCGUCAAACUCUUUGUCAAGCGUCACCAGCUCACCUGCAACUACCUCCGCUAUCAGUUCAUCUUCAACUUCCAGCUCCGCUUCUGCUACAGCGUCCCCCUACCUAGUAUUUGACUUAUCUUCUACAGAGCUUGACACCUGCUCACCCUUCAAUAUCAUCUGGUCUUGGGGGAUCGGCGCAAAGCCACCAGUUAAGCUUAUCACGCUUUCCGUCACGAACAUCAAUGUUACACAACAAUUACCUCCUGCUUCGAGCAGCUCAUCUUCGUUGUCCGCCUCAUCGCAAAUUACAAAUACAUUCACCGAUUUGGACUCCUCCACUAAUACCGUUGCACGCCGACAAAUCAUUCCCUCUGUAGCUUCAGGUUCCGUACUAGCAACUGGCACUGUAUCUGCAGCUCCAGGGAGCUCUACACAGUUGGCAGGGCUAAUUGAGUCGCUAUCCACUGCCUUAGACCCAAGUGUUCAGAGCAGUUUCACGUGGGAUCAAGUGAAUCUGCCGCAAGGGUGGUAUGAAUUUUUGGUCACCGCAACUGAUGCGGGCGAUGUUCUGGGUGGCGUGGGAGGGAUCUGGACGACUUGGAACGCCUCCAGUGAGCCUAUCUUCAUACGCAAUUCUAGUGAUGUAUCCUGCCUUGCGACCAUAACUACAAGCACAAGUUCAAGUAGCUCGGGUUCCACAAAUACGGCAGGGCAGUCAUCACCCAGUGCUGGCGGUAGUCUUUCUACUACCAGUCAUGUGAACAGUGGUGCCAUUGCAGGCGGUGUUAUCGGUGGACUUGCGGCCCUUGUUGUCAUCAUAGGUGCAUGUCUAGCCUAUCUGCGUGGACGACGUUACAGGAAUGGGCUAAAUGACGCGGGCGAUGGUACUUCUCCCAGGCCUAACUUUGGCAAAUGGGGUGCUUUAGGCUCGUUUGAUUCUGCCAACGGGUCUAGAUCGGCACCAAAAUCUAUUGUAAAGGCUGAGGGCACUGAUGAUUUUGAUCCGGUAACCGUGCUCAAUACUGCAGCCAACACUCGCCCUCAAAAAUCAGGCGGAUUCAGGUUGGGAGAUAUAGGAUUGGCUGCUAUAGGUCUUGCGAAACCUCAGGAUUCUCCCCCGUCUGCGUUUACCACUAAAUCAAAACGGGUUCGUCGAACUCGACAAGCUAAAGACUCUUCUGGGACUACAGAAUCUACCGGAGCCAUAAUGUCAUCUUCUUUCAGCUCUUCAUUUUCUCCCCCAUCAUCAUCAGCACACGGAUCGUACGAUCCUUAUGCUGACUUUCCUCGAGGAUACAGCAACACGAGCACCAGGCAAGCCGAAGAAGAUUUUGCCUACUCUCCUUCUGAACAGACAGGCAUGCCGAUGCGUAAUCUUUCGCCUAGCUCUUCGCCAACAGAGGAAGACUAUUCAAAAUACCAGUCUUAUGUCCCUAACACCGAUUCUCUCGACUCAGGUGCACCUGGUGUCGGUACUAUUCCGAUUGGUUAUGAACCCUCACCGUUUGUUACGCCGCCACCUUCCGAGCCCGCCUCCAGACAUAACUCGCGUUCAUAUUCAAGAUCAUCGCUUGCCCCUAGCGGGAAUACUCAGGCGUUUUAUGCACUCGGGAUUUCUGACUCAUCGACAUUUGAUGGCUUCCGGCCUAACCGUGCCCGAUCUCAGUCCCAGAACGUCUCGCCAACUUCGACUCGUCCCAUGCGUGGUCCAGAUGUACCGGAAUCACCCAAGCAUGAAUUUGUAUCAUCGGCACAAAACAAACGUGCUUCAUCUCCCGACGCAUUUGUCUACACUUUGAACCCAGAACAAACACAGUCAAGCUCGUCUGCCGGUAAAGCACAGAGUAGGCGCACGCCUCGUAAACCUGUUCCUUCAUACACACCUGACGAAGCUCUUGGUGCCUUCACUGAAACGGUGACCUCUCCUACGUCACCUGUUUAUACCUACCCUGGCCCCGUUCCAACUAAGCCGGCGAAAGCAGCAACUACUCGGCGACCUGCCCCGACAAUUCCUGCAUCCGAGUCGGCUUCGUCAUCGACAUCCUCCUUCCCCGCCACGACGCCAACCACGUAUCAACGUGCUAUGAACCCUUACGGGUCUCACGUGCCUGCAUUGGAACACAAAGACUCAGCGCAGUCGUUAGCUUCGCUGAGAAACAUGGAAGGUGAUUUGAGUGCGUAUAAUGCCGUAUUGGGGAAUGAGGGAGCCAAGCAUAUGCAUAUUCUGAUCCCGGAUAUGCCGUUGACGCAGAACUGA